AUGGGCAACCCUCUCCUCGACAUCUCCGCCGUCGUCACCGCGGACGUCCUAACCAAGUACGGCCUGGAGCCCAACAACGCCAUCCUGGCCGAGGACAAGCACGCCCCGCUCUACGCGGAGCUCUCCGCGCGCCCGGACGUGACCUACGUCGCGGGCGGCGCCACGCAGAACUCGAUCCGCGUCGCGCACUGGCUGCUGCAGUCCCCGCGCGCCACAUCCUACUUCGGCGCCAUCGGCAGCGACGCCUUCGGGGACACCAUGACUGCGUGCUGCCAGGCCGACGGCGUCAACGUCCACUACUUUGUCAACGCCUCCCUCCCCACGGGCACGUGCGCAGUCGUCAUCACGGGCAACAACCGCUCCUUGGUCGCCAACCUGUCCGCCGCCAACACCUACCCGAAGGAACACCUCGACGACAAGGAGCAGUGGGCCGUGGUCGAGAAGGCAUCCAUCUUUUACACCGCAGGCUUCUUCCUCACCGUGUCCCCGCAGUCCAUGCUCGCCGUCGGCGAGCACGCGGCCGCAGAGGGCAAGACCAUGUGCUUCAACCUCUCCGCCCCGUUCCUCAUGCAGGUCCCGCCGUUCCUGGAGGCCAUGAAGAACCUCCUGCCGCUGGUUGACGUUUGCUUCGGGAAUGAGACCGAGGCCGCCACCCUGGCGGAAGCUAUGGGAUGGGGCACCAACGAUGUCACCGUCAUCGCCACCAAACUUGCCCAGUGUGAGAAGAAGACUGUGCGCCCCAGGACCGUCGUUUUCACCCAGGGCGCCCAGCCGACCGUUGUCGUCGUGGCCGAUGCGACCCGCGUGUGGUCCGUCACCGAGUACCCUGUCCUCCCAAUCAAGCCCGAGGAUAUCCUCGAUACCAACGGCGCGGGAGAUGCGUUUGUCGGCGGCUUUCUCGCGGGGCUCGCAAAGGCCGUCCCGAUCGCAGAUUGCGUGCGCUACGCCAACUACGCCGCCAACGUUAUUAUUCAAAAGUCUGGCUGCACGCUUCCGCCCAAACCCACUCUAUCGUGA